GCAUUCUGGUACUUACAGUCCGUGCCACAUAGCCGUCUCCCCCGGUCGGUAACUUUGCACAGUCGGAACCGAGUCCAGAGAGGACGAAGGACUACACUCCGCCGUGUUCCCGGGAUGUUUUCCAGCCACUCUUAUCCGGUAUCUGGGAUAUCGUGCGGUGGAUUUCGGGAAUAACGUUUUUAUUCGGGCGGAAAAGUUUGGCGGCUGCGUCGCUAAUGAAGAGGAGCUAACCGAGCUAACUGAAUGAGAGGAGGUUUAUUUUGAAAAACCUUUUCGCUGUUUGACAAUGAUCCGCGUCUCCAGAACCGGUUCGGUGCCUCUGCGUUGCUUUUAAAAAAGCUAUGGAGUGCUGCCAUACGCGUCAUUUGUUUCGGGGGCUGCUGUCUCUGCUGUUAUCAGACUCCUUUCAUUGAUUUGGCCGUUCCUUAACCAAACACGAAUUAUAAGAGUAUGAAAGGAAAUCAGGUGUGCUGAGCUGUUUCUGUGUUUGUUGUUUUUAAAACCUUCCUCCAAAGAAUGUCCGACUCUGAAAGUUCAUAUCUGGGUUUGGAGGAUCCGCAGUGGCUUUGCAUGGUCACACUUUUCCUCGCGUCCCUCGUCACCCUCGUACUGUAUUUCGUGCAGUAUUUCCAGCAAAGCGGCGGACAGAGAGCAGAGGACAAUGCGGCGAAGGAGAGGGAGGAAGCCGCCUCUCUGCUGGGAUGGGCGCUGUCACUGAAAAGCUGGAAGAGUCAGUGGAGAGGAGCCUGGUGCAGGGCUUUGAAUGACGAGUCAAGGAAGCGUGGGGGUCCUGUUGUGUUGACAUUUGAAGAGGAUGAUGUUGAGGCGUCGGAGCUCACCGUCAGCCAAGUGUCCAGCUUUCAGAAGUCUGCCCGAAACAAGUCCGCUUCCUGCAGCGUGGUCGGGGAGAAGCUUCAGUUCUCCGUCAGCGCAGCGUCGACAGCCAUGGUUACAGCAGAGCCUCGUAAAUACACGGUCUGCAUAGCUCCGCUGGAGCUACAGCUCGAUCUGCACAUGCAAGAAGCUGAAGACAUGGUCAAGCUGAGCUGGGGAGUGUCUCACCUGGAGACAAGAGAGCUGCAGGUGACACCCACGGCCAACCAGAACAAUCCCUACACUUCAAGUGUAACGGCCGUAAAGGAGCAGCUGAGGCGGCUGCUAUGUGCGACGCGCUCCUCUGUGUUGCUGAGCUGCAGGCCCGCUCAGGCCUCGGAGGUCAAGGACGCCAGAAACAAAGUGGUUUCACCCCCUAAACCCCCUCGCGCACACGACUGGAAGCUGCUGGUGAAGAACAUCCGGGUGACACUGAAUCAGGAGGAAGAUGCUGCAGGCAGCAUCAGUCCUCUGUGUGUACUCCAGUUAGAUGAUCCCCCGCAGAGGUUUAACACCUCUGUUUCAAAGAACACAACCAAUCCUGCCUGGGACCAGCCGUUCAUCUUUGAAUUGAAUGGACUCUCUAAAGAGCUCAAUAUUCAGCUGAUGAAUGACGGACAACCUCAAGAAAAUUCCUUACUCGGUCAGGUGUCAGUGCCUUUUGAUCUCGUAAAGAAGCAACCCAAAGGACAGCAAACAUUUGCACUUAUGACCAAAGAAGGAGUGACUGGAUCACUUACUACUGACUUUACCUACCUGGAGCCCAGUGAGGUGAGGUCCUGGCACCCUCCCACCCCAGCCUCCAGUAAGAGGGUGGAGAUGGACCGUACAGUCAUGCCCUGCGGCACGGUGGUCACCACCAUCACCGCGGUGAAGAGCAAGCCGGGUCGACAGCUCCCACUCAACAUAGAUCCUGCCCAGAAAGCGGUGGCCAACAAGCCCAAGCUGUCGGAGCGCCGCGUUUCAGAGCAGGCGUCCAUGAUGGGCGCCACGGUCAGCAAGGCCCUGUCCUCCUCUGACACCGAGCUGCUGAUGCUCAACGGCACGGACCCGGUGGCGGAGGCCGCCAUCAGACAGCUCCACCAGUCUGCCAAACAGAAGCUCAAGUCCCCGGUGAAGAAGAGCACCAUCAUCAUCUCUGGCAUCGCCAAAACUCCCCUGUCUCAGGACGAUGAGCUCGCUCUGAUGGUGGGCUACGCCGCUGCGAUGGACGCCUCGAUGUCGGAGGGCAGCUCCUCUCAGGACAUGACCGCGGCGGUUGCGACGGGGGCCAGCAGCCCUCCGGACGAGUCCGAGGAGCCUCAGGAAGGCCCCAGCGGAAUAGGCCGGCCUCCGGAGGACUGGGAGAGCCAAACGGGAGAGGAACUGAACCACACCUCGCUAUCCAUGUGUGUGUCUGAGGCCACAUGCAAGAAGAGCAGAGGCAGCUUCCUUCAGAAGAGCGCCAAGCUCUUCUUCCGGCGGCGUCACCAGCGCAAGGAUCCGGGGAUGAGCCAGUCCCACAACGACCUGGUGUACCUGGAGUCUCCGGCCGCGGUGGAGCGGGCGAGCCGGACAGCCACGCUCAGCCGCAUGCUCAAUCGCAAGAGUAAGAAUAAGAGUAAAGCCAAUGGCUCUACCUCCACGGGGGGGGAGCCACAUGCGUGACCUCCCACUCCUGUCACCUCAGCCUUCCCCCCGCCUACAACAACUACCAUCACCACCUCAAACUUGCACUGGCGAACCUCCUGGCUAACCUCCCUCACCACCACCACCCUACCCCUGCAUACUUGGGGCUCUUGCAUCGUGAAUGGGAAAAACUGUGUUGAUGGAAAAAAGAAAUAUCCUCUUUCAGUGCCGUUUCCUGCUUCCUUUUGAAGAAGCAGAUAUUCCACCGAAAAAAAAGCAAGCGUGUGCAUGUUUGGAUGAAGGUCUCCCGGCAUUUCAGAGGAUAUUAUUUAGCAUGUUCCUUUAUAUUUGAUUUUAUGCAACAUUUUAAAAGUGCUUUCGUGGCCUUUAAGCGGACAGAAAGGACUGGUGCGGGCCAUCGCUCUCUUAACACCUCACCGACAGGGUGAGGUGGAAAGAGUUAAACUCUCCCCUGCUGUAAAACCGUAAAAACUUCUCCUACGGUGGAACAACAGGACCAAAGACGAAGAGAAGAGUGGUAUUUGUAUGAUUUGCACAAUUUUAAGUACCUUUUGUUUUAAAAAGUGCAAUGACAGGAAGCUACUCUCAUGAUUAAGAGAUUCAUGUUAAAACAAAGGGAGAUCAGUGCAUGACCAGUGCAAGUAGGAGAGAGUAACAUGACUACUUUUUUUGACACUAAUACUAUGAAAUAUGGUAUUUAUAUUAGUCCAUUUAAAAUCCUUUAUUCCAAAUGAAACAACAGCUAUAUGUGAGCUGUUUAAAAAAAAAAAAAAGGCUUCAAAGUCCAGGUCCAAUGUCGUUUUUCCGACCGGCAUGUAAUCAUGAAAUUGUCAUGUGACACUGGCCGUUAGCAGAAGUUAACACCUCUCACCCCCGAAAAAAGAAAACGAGAAGCUGUGACACUGUGGCGAACAGAAACCGUGUUUUUCUGUUUACUCCUCUUCGCGGUGUUUUCAAAUGAUAUGCAACUUUCUUCUUUUGUCUUCCUAAAAACAACAAAAACUACUGUUAGCAGCACAGUUGUUAAUGUGUCAAAAGGGAAAACACAUGACACAAACCUUUUUAAUCCAGGGACUGUGACGUUACACUCGGCCAUACUCGUCGCAUUAAGCACUAACGAGACUUGUCAUUUGCUCAUUUUUAAUCUGAAUUCAGUCUUUUUUAUUUGAUGUUUUAUUGUUUUUAAAAAAAGAUGUAGCUUGGAACACAUGAACAAGAGGAAAGUGUGAACACAUUUUUGGGGGCAACCACGUAGUUUGGCUGCUUGUGUUGUUUUUUUUUUUUUAUCCAGCUAAUGAUUGUAUUUUCUUUAUGUAAGCAGCUUUGUUGAAGACAUUUCUGUACAUCAUGUCAACUACUGUUUCUUCAAUAAUCUGCUCGGAUAACAA